GUUACUUUAAACAGUCCAGUUUGCCACCUGAAGCAAGAUGCAGACCAUGUGGUUGUCACCUGUGAAAAUGGUAAAAAAUACCAAGCACAGUAUGUGAUAAGUGCAAUGCCACAACCACUUCUUAACAGUGUCUCAUUUGACCCUCCCCUCCCUCCCUUGAAAAACCAGCUGAUUCAGAGAAUGCCUUUAGGAUCAUCAAUCAAGACUAUCACAUUUUACAAGAAAGCUUUUUGGCGUGAAAAAGGCUUGAAUGGAAUGGUGAUUUCUGACUCAGGUCCCGCGCAUAUCUCAGUAGAUGACACAAAGCCUGAUGGGUCAUGCCCAGCAAUUAUGAGGUACAAAAUGUGAACAGAUAUUAGCUGCAAUUACUUUGUCAUAAUUAAUUUUCACAGUUACAUUGUCAUUGUUAAGUAUGAAACUAUAUUAGCCACAGGUAUAUUGUCAUUGUUCACUUCAAAACCGAAACUCGAUCAACAAUAGAUUUAAUAUCCAGGAAAAACUGCAGACUUACAAUACUCACUUCCUAGAGUCAGAGGCCAACUGUUGAGUUCAAGGUCCAAGAACAUGUCACAUGAUUUGCUAAUGUAAUUUGCAUAAUUAUUUGCAUAACGCAAUGCAGAAUGUCCUUCUACAGUCAUACUAUUGACUGCAUCAAUUUUUGGCAUCCCGUUUUAUUUAAGAAAUAAAAUGGUGUCGUGUGCAUUUAUUAUUUAUUUCAUCAGUUUUAUUGCUGGCAACCAAGCUCAUUACUGGUGUACCAAGACUCAAGAAGAAAGACAGCAAGCAGUUUGUGAACAAUAUGCCAAAGCAUUUGACAGUGAAGAAGCUCUUCACCCGUAUCAUUACAUUGACAAGAACUGGCCGGCAGAGAAGUACUCCGGGGGAUGUUAUGUCAGCUUUAUGCCCUGCGGUGUGAUGACCAACUUUGGGAAAGCUCUGCGUGCACCGAUUGGCAGGGUUUAUUUUGCCGGUAGUGAAGCUGCUACAUUAUGUGUUGGUAAGAAAGAUCGACUGUUCUAUAAAUUAGUGUACUUCAACAAUCAGAGGUCUGUUUCUUAUUCUGACAACUUUUCGGCCCAAAAUCAAAUAUUCCAAUCAAACUCUUAAGCAUAAAAGACUCAGGUCCUAGCUAACAAACCAGUCCAAUUUGUUUUGUUCACUGGUAUUUAUAUUAUUAUUUUCUCUGCAAAACUACUGAAAUCUCUAUCUUGAAUAUAAAUAACAAUAGCUUUCUAGGGCCAUAAAUUUUGGGGAUUUUUGAGAAACGUGCUCCAGGGGUAAAUCAUUAAUAUUAAGUGGGCAACUAGUUAUAGGUGGCCAGUGCAGAGGGAAUUAGCUAGACAUGCAUUGUAUACUAUUUGACAAGUGAUAAUGUGUACCUUCUUAAAAUUUUCUUUUUUGGAAGGUGGUGGGUGGGGGUCUGUAUUAUUUUCUGUUUUAAUCCAGGGUAAAAAAUACAAAACAAAAAGUUCCAUGUGAAAUUACUGCUCAGUAGCUUUCAUUUGGGUGGUCACACAAUGUGAUUUCAUCCACGCACAGAAAAGAGAAGUGAAAAAAUUGGAUCUCAGUCAGUUGGUGUUACCAAUACCAGUAAGAGUAAUGUAUGAGUAUUCAGUACCUAAUGUAAAAAUAAUGUUUGUAGGUUCCAUGGAGGGGGCAGUUGAGGCAGGUGAGAGAGCUGCAAGGGAGGUGCUCUGUGCUAUGGGCAAGAUAUCACCACAGGAAGCCCAUCCAAUUGCCCAUCCUGAGCCAAGUCAACGUCUGACGACAUUUCAAAGCUGGCUGCCAACUGUUCCCAUGUUUUUAACCACCGUUACUGCAGUUGCUGUUUUAGUGGGUGGUAUUACAUUGAGACACUAUUUAAAAUAA